AUGAAAAGUUCUAUAAUAAAUAUUAUUUUUAUGUUUUUUGCUAUUUUAAAUUUCGCUAGUUCUGAUUUACCGAAUGGGGCACUGUGCCACCUUAAAAAUGGAACAUCAGGAACUUGUAUAGAGAUUUCAGGUUGUCCGGAGAUAAGAAAUCUUUUAGUCACUCGAGCAAUUAAUCGUAAUCAAGUAACAAUAUGUAAUAAGCUAAAGCGGUUUCUCUGCUGUCCAUUGCCACCAGAUGUAGAAGAAAUAACGUACGCGCCAGUAUUCACAAACGUUAAUCAAGAAAAUAGGAUUAGUGAGAGAAAAUGCAAAGAGUAUGGUGAAAAGGUAUUGCAAAAAGUAAUAGUCUCAUCAUUAGUCAUCCAUGAGGAAGGACAUGUAACAACAACAAGUAAAUGCCAGCAUAAAGCUGUAUCUUUAAUUAUUGGUGGAACUGAGGCGAGUAAGAAUGAAUUUCCACAUCAAGCACUUUUAGGCUACCUAAAUGGAAUCUCAAUUGAAUGGAACUGCGGUGGCUCAUUGGUUUCUACUAGAUUUGUCUUGACUGCUGCUCAUUGCUUCAACCACGCUGAUUUUGGUCGAGUAAAAUUUGUCAAACUUGGAAUGCAUAAUCGAGUGCAGAAUGAGGACAAAACUUACACGUUUGGAGUUGAAGAAUAUUUCAGACAUCCAAAUUAUAUCAAAGGAGCUUUUAAUAAUGAUAUUGGUCUCCUAAAAUUAGACGGGAUAGUUCCAUUAGACGAACACAUUUUGCCAAUUUGUAUGCCUACCAAGCAACAUGACGACUUAAAAGCUAUGGCAACGGGAUUUGGAAAAACCCGACAUCAGCAGCAAUCAGAUGUUUUAAUAAAAGUAACUUUAGAAAAAUUCAAUCAUUCUGAAUGUCAAAGUUCAUGGGGUGAAGAUAGUACUGUGAGGAUUGAUGAUCAGACGAUGGUAUGUUAUGGACAUCAUACUGAAAACAGGGAUUCUUGUAGGGUAAGAUUAGGUGGUCCACUUCAAGUCUCUAAUGAAGAGAGAGUGCACUGCACUUAUACUCAAAUUGGAAUAAUAAGUUUUGGUCCAGCAAAGUGUGCACAAAUUGGAAUUGCUAGCGGAUAUGUCAACGUCUAUCACUACCUAAGCUGGAUUGAAGGAAUCGUCUGGAAAGAUGAUGAAUAA